UUAGGGGCGUGGCCUAGCCGGGGCGUGGCGUGGAGGCGGGCCCAGACUUUGAUGCCGCCGUCGCGGCUGCCAUCUGAACCGCCCAGGCUCUUGUAGACCCUGAAAGAGAACAUCCUCCUCUUCCCAGGUUGUCAUGGCUUCAGACUCGCGAGCGGUCCCUGCCGGGAGGGGGGCGCGCCCAAAGGUGAGGUCGCCUAAGCUGCUGGAGGUCCUGAGCGCUCUGGAGGAUGAUGAGUUUGGAAGCAACAGGGAGGAGAUUUUCAUCGCGCCCCCUGACAACGCCUCCGGGGACUUCACUGAUGAGGACUCCGGGGAAGAAGACAGUGACCCGAAUGGUGCCCAGCUGCCUGGCCUGGUGCUGCAUGCUUCCGUCGUCUCUGAGGACUCAGACCCCGAGGAGAGGGAAGAGGGAAAGGAGGAGGAGGAGGAGGGGGAGAAGAGGGAGGAGUACAAGCUGGAGCUCCAGCCGCCCAAGAAAAAGCAGGAGGCAGCAGUGGAGACUCACUGUGUUUGGACCAAGAGAGACAUCCAGCCAGACUUGGGCAGCUGGACUGCCCCAGACCCUCAUAUGGAGGACCUGAAAACCCAGGAGCUGAGUCCUGUGGGCCUCUUUGAACUGUUUUUUGAUGGUGGGACAAUCGGUUUCAUUGUGGACGAGACCAACCGUUAUGCCCGACAGAAAAACGUCACUCUGGACCUCACGGCCCAGGAACUGAAGUGUGUCCUGGGCGUCUUGAUUUUAAGUGGGUACGUCUCCUACCCACGGAGACGGAUGUUUUGGGAGACGGCCCCUGACUGUCAUCAUCACCUUGUGGCGGACGCCAUCAGGAGGGACAGGUUUGAGCUGAUCUUCUCAUACCUGCACUUUGCGGAUAACAGUGAGCUGGACGAGGGCGACAGGUUUGCCAAGGUCAGGCCCCUCCUCGUCCGCGCCAACCGUAACUUCCGCAAGCACGCCCCGCUGGAAGAGUUCUACAGCUUCGGCCAAUCCGUCUGCGAGUACUUUGGGCCCCGAGGCUCCAGGCGGCUGCGCUCAGGGAGGCCCGUCCGGCUGGGCUACAAGAUCUGGUGUGGGACGACCAGCAGGGGCUACCUGGUGUGGUUCGAACCUUCCCAGGGAGGCCUGGACGUCGGGGGCAGCAUGGUGGUCAGGUUUGUGGACGCGCUCCGGGAGCGGGGCUGCCUGCCCUACCACAUCCUCUUCGACAAGGUCUUCGCGAGCGCCCGGCUGAUGUCUGCUCUGAGGGAGAAGGGGGUGAAGGCCACGGGAACCGUUCGCGAGGUCAGAACCGAGCGCUGUCCCCUCAAGGCUCCCAGAGAGCCGAGGAGAAGGAAAGGGGGCUCGUCCCACCCCAGGGUGGAUGAGAGCAGCCGCCGCCCGGGGGUGGCCAAAGCCAGGACGCAGCGCCACCCGCCGGCCCUGCUGAAGCUCUAUCGGGAAAAGGCCAGAGGGGUUGACCGAAUGGACCAGAACGUCGCCAAGUACAAGGUGAAGAUCCGGGGCACCAGGUGGUACCUGGGCUUCCUCGGCUACGUCCUCGACGCGGCCCUCCACAACGCGUGGCAGCUGCACAGGCUGUGCCGCCGGGGCGCGCGGGCCGACCUGCUCGCCUUCCGCAGGUACGUGGCCCGCGUCUACCUGGAGAGCAACGCGGCCGCCUCCUCCCCGGGGAGGCGGAGCCGGCGGCCGGACACCGAGAGCCGCUUCGACAGGAUCGGCCACUGGAUCGUCCAUCAGGACAAGAGGACCCGGUGCGCCCUCUGCCACUCGCAGACCAACACCCGCUGCGAGAAGUGCCAGAAGGGCGUCCACGCCAAGUGCUUCCGGGAGUACCACAUCCCGUGAGGCCCGAGACCUGCCUCGCCCAGGCCUCGGGUCACCCGGAGCACAUGCCGGGUUUUGUUUGUGGCGCUUUUGACGCCCGUCGCUGGUGACUGGGUUUUGGACUCUCUCCCGGGCCUCCACACAGUCCUCUUUCCUGUUGUAUUCUCUUAGGCCUACACGUCCUGUAAAGUAGUAUUUAUGUUGGUGACCCCACAUGCUUGCAGACCUGUAUUUUAUAUUCUUAUUUAUUUAAAUGUAUUCAAAUAAAAGAUUUGCCUUAGUAUGUGCUGGGUAUGGAUAACCAAAGCCUUGUAAGAGUGGUGGAGAGUGAAAUGUUUUUUGCCAUCGUAUGCACGGUCUGUGCUCCAAGGCUGAUGUCCUAGCAGCGUGAUGAAAAGCUUGCUAACUUUAUCCGUCUCCCGUUUGCCCAAGGCUGUCAAACCGUGGGAGCUUAAUUUGCCGAGCAUUUGUUAAGAGGGCCUGAGCUGCAGAGCUCAUGUUUUCUUGAUAAAUAAUCCUUAAUACCUAAUGAGGCUGGAGCAGUUCUGAGCACUUUCAUCUCCUGUAGAGGACCUGAGUUUACCCAGCACUGACUUCAGGGAGGCUCGAAAAUGCCUGUAAGAUCCACCCCAGGGGAUCUGCUGACUCUUUUUGGCCUCUGCAAGCACUGUACACAUGUGGACAGACACAUAUAUACUCAUAACUGAAAAUAAAAUAAACCUUAAAAAUAUACUUUCCUAAUAUACAUAUAUCCACGUGGAAUCUAUUUUUAUAAAUAUUUACUUAUCCUCCGAGUAGGUAAAUUUGUUAGAAUCUAUAUGCAUUUCUCUACUGAUUUAAAAUUCAUCUUUAUACAAUCCUGAACUUGGG